AUGGGCGAUCGGCAAUGGACCAGCAUGCGGGCGCCGCGUCCCGCAGCGCCAGGAACCAUCCGCGAAGAUGAGGAGGGCGUGCAAGAAGCUGACGUGGCAUCGGAUAUCACAAAGCAGAAAGUGGCGGCUGCGAAGAACUAUAUCGAGCAGCACUAUAAGCAGCGCAUGCGCACACUGCAAGAACGCAAAGAGAGGCGGCACGAGCUGGAGCGGCGGCUGGAGGAGGAGGGCGUGUCGUGCGAGGAGCAGGAGGGCGCGCUGCGCGAGCUGGAGCAGCGCGAGGCGGAGAUCAUGCGCCUGCAGCGCCACAAGCUCGGCGUCGACGACUUCGACCUCCUCACCAUCAUCGGCCGCGGCGCCUUCGGCGAGGUGCGGCUGUGUCGGGAGAGGGCGACGGGCAACGUGUACGCCAUGAAGAAGCUCAAGAAGGCGGAGAUGCUUCGCCGCGGCCAGGUGGAGCACGUGAAGGCAGAGCGCAACCUGCUGGCGGAGGUGGGCAGCAAAUGCAUCGUGCAGCUCUACUGCUCGUUCCAGGACGAGGAGUUUCUGUACCUCGUGAUGGAGUACCUGCCGGGCGGUGACAUGAUGACGCUGCUCAUGCGCAAGGACACUCUUACUGAGGAUGAGGCAAGGUUCUACGUUGGAGAGACGGUGCUGGCCAUUGAAAGCAUUCACAAGCACAACUACGUGCACAGGGACAUCAAGCCAGACAAUCUGCUGCUGGACCGGCACGGGCACAUGAAGCUCUCGGACUUCGGUCUCUGCAAGCCCUUGGACUGCCGGCACCUGCCCACCAUCACGGAGAGCGAGGAGGACGCCAUGCAGGCCGGCAUGGCCGCAGGCGGCCCUGUUGGCCCCUCUCCUAGCGGCCGCACGCAGCAGGAGCAGCUGCUGCACUGGCAGCGCAACCGCCGCAGCCUGGCGUUUUCAACGGUGGGCACCCCGGACUACAUUGCACCGGAGGUGCUGCUCAAGAAGGGCUACGGGCUCGAAUGCGACUGGUGGUCGCUGGGAGCCAUCAUGUACGAGAUGCUGGUGGGGUACCCGCCAUUCUACUCUGAUGACCCCAUGACCACCUGCAGAAAGAUUGUGAACUGGCGGACGCACCUCAAGUUCCCCGAGGAGGCGGUGCUGUCGUGGGAGGCGAGGGACCUCAUCAGCCGCCUGCUCUGCGACGUGGACCACCGCCUCGGCACCAUCAGCGUCGACGAGAUCAAGAGCCACCCGUGGUUUGCGGGGCUGCCGUGGGACCGGCUGUACAGCAUGGAGGCAGCGUUCCAGCCCGAGGUGACAGACGAGCUGGACACACAGAACUUUGAGAAGUUUGACGAGGUGGACGAGAUGCCAUCGGGUCAGGGACGAGCGGGCCCGUGGAGAAAGAUGCUGCCAUCCAAGGACAUCAAUUUCGUGGGGUACACAUACCGCAACAUGGAGAUUGUGCAGGGGGCGCACUCUGCAGAGCUGAAGAAGAAGAGCAAGCCCAAGCGGCCCUCUGCCAACGCCUUGUUCGGAG